AGGAAGCAUCUCAGUGGAGUGAAAUGUAGCUACAUCGGUCGCUUAAUUGGACUAAAUGGAAAUAACUUAAGAGAACUGCAACUGGAGACCCGAUGCCAUAUCGCCAUCGUCGGCAGAGGGAGCAUCAAGGACAGUAAGCUCUUCCGCAAGAUGCGUUACAAACCCGGCUUCGGUAAUCUGAGAGAGGACACCCACGUACUUGUCGAGGCCAAGGGAACAUCACGCAUGCCGAAAUUGAUCGAGAAGGCGAAAAAACGUAUUGCUGAUAUGUUCACUACGGAAUUCGACUCACUGAAACGAGAACAACUCAUUCAUCUGGCGAUGUUGAACGGAGCCAACAGACAAAGUCUUCAAGAAGUGAAGUCUUCACCAAGAUCACCUACC